CUUGCCAUACAAAAGUUUGCGUUUCCUCGCACAGCUGUCAAACUGGUUAGCUGUUUGCGUUACUCGACUUCCGACAAGCGGAGAACGAUCUCUUUUCCGUCAAAUUGCACUGCGGUGAACACAUUUGACCGAGAUGUCGGCCCACAAGACUUUCCGGAUCAAGCAGAAGCUUGCCAAAAAGCUGAAGCAAAACAGACCCAUUCCACAGUGGAUCAGAAUGCGCACUGGAAACACUAUCCGCUAUAACGCCAAGCGCCGUCACUGGAGACGUACGAAGCUGAAGCUGUAAGCGCUUCUUCUGGGUCUCGGCCGCGGAUACGAUUUUCUGUUUACAUCCAUUCUGAGGAGAUAUCGUGGCGGAGAAUGUUUGCUUCCCGGCUUUGUUGCUUGUUCCGCCCCUUGCGACAUGAACUAACUUUAGUGGUAAGGAAAGAAACGGUGAAUUUUGUCGUCGUCUGAAAAAGGUGAAUAAAGUGUGAAGUCUGGAAGUGGAGAUUCUACUUAAAAACUA